CAAAAACAAAAAUUGAUAUUUGGUUGAUUUGACAUUUCUUUUAAAACACGUGUUUACGUGUGAUGCACUCGUUCUGAGUGCUUUUAUUUAAAUAGUUUUAUUAGAAUAAGCCAAUAUGAGUUUGUAUAAUUUCAAAAAGAUAGCUGUGGUUCCCACAGCUAAGGACUUUAUAGAUAUUAUAUUGUCUAAAACGCAAAGAAAAACACCGACAGUAGUACAUAAGCACUAUAAAAUCUCUAGGAUACGUGCUUUUUAUAUCAGAAAAGUGAAAUUUACGCAACAGAACUUUCACGACAGGUUAUCUAGGAUAAUUCAGGAAUUUCCUAAACUGGAUGAUGUGCAUCCGUUCUACGCUGACCUCAUGAACGUACUCUAUGACAAGGACCACUACAAGCUUGGUCUCGGCCAACUCAACACCGCCAGGCAUCUUAUUGACACUGUGGCCAAGGAUUACGUGAGGCUGUUGAAAUAUGGAGACUCUCUGUACCGUUGUAAACAGCUCAAGCGAGCUGCACUUGGACGAAUGGCCACCAUUAUGAAGAGACAGGCUGCCAACCUCACUUAUUUGGAACAGGUCCGUCAACAUUUGGCCCGUCUGCCAUCCAUUGAUCCGUACACUCGGACCAUCAUCAUCUGCGGGUUCCCCAACGUUGGCAAGUCCAGUUUCAUCAAUAAGAUAACCCGCGCCGACGUAGAAGUGCAGCCUUAUGCAUUCACCACGAAGAGUUUGUACGUUGGUCACACCGACUACAAGUAUCUAAGGUGGCAGGUCAUAGACACUCCCGGCAUUCUAGACCAUCCUCUAGAAGAGCGCAACGUGAUAGAAAUGCAAGCUGUCACGGCUUUAGCUCAUCUCCGAGCUGCUGUACUAUAUGUGAUGGAUUUAUCUGAACAGUGCGGUCACAGCGUGCAGGAUCAGAUCUCCCUAUUCGAGAGCAUAAAGCCCUUAUUCACCAACAAGCCGUUAAUGGUGGUUUUCAACAAAAUGGAUGUGGUGACUCCGGAACAACUGUCCGAUGACAAGAGAGUGGCCGUUGAAGAACUUAUGGAGGCCUGCGCUAAAGGAAAUCUUGUCAACGCGGAUUCGAACUCCGAACUGUCAGUAGUGCCAGUGCUUCGAAUGUCCACGGUCACAGAGCAAGGAGUGCAAGAGGUUAAGAUUGAAGCCUGCGAGCGACUGUUGGGACACAGAGUUACCGAGAAGAUGAGAACAAAGAAGGUGGACGGUAUCUUAAACCGUCUCCACGUGGCUGUUCCAACUCCUCGCGAUGCUAAAAUCCGUCCGCCCGUCAUACCUGCCAACGUAUUGAUGAAGAAACAACAAGCGCAAGAGAAGGAGAACAGGAAACGGAAGCUGGAGAGGGAGAUUGAACUGGAGAUGGGAGACGAUUAUGUGCUCGAUUUGCAGAAGAACUACGCGGAGAUAGCGGAGGAAGAGCGCCAUGAUCCGAUUCCGGAAUUCUGGGAGGGACACAACAUUGCCGACUACAUCGACCCGGAGAUAUUCGAUAAACUGGCUCAGUUGGAGAGAGACGAGGAGUUGCGUGAAGCUGGUGGAUUGUAUGCUGUUCCCAAGAUUGAGCUCGACGAGACUAUGAUGGAGAUCAAGGAACUAGCCCGUCAGAUACGAAACAAGAAGGCCAUACUCAAAGAUGAGUCGCGUCUCACGAAGCAAUCCACCAAACCUGUGAUGCCAAGAACAAGCCGCGCGCGCGUCAAAGAUCGAUCUACGGGGAAAUUGAGGGAGGAGAUGGAGAAACUGGGCGUGGAUAUGUCCAGCACUCAGUCGGCCCAUUACAGUCAGGCUCGGAGCCGGUCCCGCUCCCGCUCGCAGUCCGCGCUGGCCGCCAAGAGGGCGCGGGCCGACUCCACCGGCCGCUCCGUCAGUCGGCCCGCGAGGGACCAGCAAGGACUCAAGGAUACCACUAUGCAAAGGAAAGCGAAGAACAUGGCCCACGUGGCGAUCGCCAAGAAGACCAAGAAGAUGGGCCUCAAAGGCGAGGCCGACCGGUUCAUCGGCACCAAGAUGCCGAAACAUCUGUUCGCCGGGAAACGAGGCGUCGGCAAAACGGACCGGAGAUAAAAUCAAAUAUAUCUAUAACCUUCUUAAUACAUGUUAUAUGUUUGACAGAGUUUUGUUUUAUUUAACGAAAUCAAGGG